CGUUCGAGAAAACAUCAAUGCUACGCGAGCAGAAAUUACGAUCUUUGCAUUGCAGAGAUCAGAGAGUGGGAAAUACGAAAUCGAAGUGAUCGACAGUAAUUUCGACCCUGCUAUUGAUGGAAUGACUGUUCAAGUACAGUGUAAGUAAACCACCAAAAUUUUCAUGAAUAUUAUCUCUACUGGUUCUAUUUGUUGAAAAAUUUUAAAAUCAUUCCGUAAAGGUGAAUCUCGUUUCGUUAUUGGAUAUUUCAUUUCAUUUAUACUCGACGCAAACUGCGGCUAUUUUUCCGGUAGCUUUGGAAGAUAUGCUGUACAAAGCAGCUCAUGAUGGUCACUGGAUUGCUAAAACAAAAACUUUUUAGCGCCGAUAUACACCAAAUAUGCCGCAAGAGGUCGAGACUUGCUGCAGUCUUAUCUCAAAACAGGUUCGAGACCUACGUUUUUAAAUUGCACAUAUUUAAUUUAAACAAUGAAACGCGCAGAAUGCGACAAUCUUCGGCUCCUCGAGCACUGCUGCGGACAUAUCGCGUAUUUUCGCUCUGUCUGUCUUAAUUUUUUCUUCGUGAUCUGUUAAGGCUCAAGUUACAUUUUAAAGAACGCUGACAGGGCUAGUAAUAUCAGAAAAAAGCAUACAUUACACCUUUUCAUAGGAUAUGCAAUGCUAGAAUAGGUAAACAAAUGUAAACCUGCGUGGCCAUCUAACGCCGCUUAAAUUACAUUUUAUACGAAAUUUUCAUCGUCUAUUUAAUGAGUGGAAUAUUUUCAAAGUCGUCGCUUUUAUCAAAGAGAGAGCUAAGCGUACUUAAGCUUAAUAUCCUCCGUUAUGUGGCCAGUUCGAGAAAACUCACUUUCAGUUCAUUUGCAUUUAACGACUCUAUACAUGUUUAAUGAUUUCAUCAGAUAACUAUGUAAAGUUUGAGAGGACGUAUUCUAUUUAUCGUUUUUUCCAAUCAUUCAAAGAUUUGCGAUUUCAAUUUAGCGUAAUGCUUUUCUGCUGUUUUUAAGCCAGUGUGUAUUUCUUGAUAAGUUUCUAAGAGCUUAAGUUCUGUUUACGGGCAACGAGUGGACGAUAAUGGUCAUUUUUUUGUCGCAUGAAUCAUUUAUAUUGCCUCAAUGUUUUAAGUUGUUUUGUCACGUCCCGAAAUAGCGCUCUGAAUGUUAUGGCUACACUGUUUAGAUAUUGUUUGUGUAAAUAACCAAAACCAUUCGUUUUCAAAAAAAGGUAUUUUCCGGCAAAAAUGCAGUUUUGGAAAACGGUGUUUUUAGAUUGACUUCAUUCCUUUAAGGCAGUGAAGGAUAACAAAUUUCGUUUCAGCGCAUUGCAUACUAAUAAAGAGAGAAAUAAAUUCUUUAAACCAAUAUGUGGUUUGUUUAUAGAGAGCAAUGUUUGCCAAAAACAUAGUUAUAUAUUUAACAGAGAGUAUGAGAAUUCUUAUUGUUUGUAACUCAACUGUUCUUAGGUUUGAAAACGAACUUCACUCUUAAAGUUAUUUGUAACUUUGGUUCCACUGGCGUAAACAAAAGCCGGAUAUUGGUUUGGUGAUAGACAUUUGCAGUGACUUAGUCCUGAAUUAAAAUAAUUAUGAGUUAAUUUUUUUAUUUCUUUUGUGGGAGGCUGUGUCCAAUUUAGUUAUAACAUACAAGCUAAAAACAUCUUUUCAUCCGGCACGCAACCAGCAUGUAGGUUUAGAACCUCCUUUCUAUUGUGUGGAAUCAUGACAGCUUUUGAAGUCGUGCAUAGUAAUGACUAAUUAUCACGCGGUUGUCUUGAAAUACAUGGAAAACUGAAUUCCCAGAAAAAUUAUUUUGACAGUUUUUCAAGUUAUCUUGGUCUCUGGAAAAAUAGGUUAUUGUCUUGUCUUAGUCAGCUCCUAGAUGCUAGCCAGAGGUUUCAGAAAAUCUGUGGAUCAUUUUCUUGAGAAAAAUGCAUGACAGCAUUUGGAAAGCAAAACUGAAAGUAAAACAAAUGUGAUGGGACUUUGCCCCAAUAUGCUACCAGUAGUUGAUCAUGCACUCUGAUAUCAUUAGCUGAGGCAUUGUUCUAAUUUGUAAGACCUUUCUGUCCCAUUUCUUCAUGUAUUUUACAUCUUUGUUUAAAAACCCAUAACUCAAUUAAGGUUUACAUUUUGUUAAUAUGCAAAUCCUGGCAGAAGUAAUGUUUGUGAAUUUUGUUAAUGCUUUUAAACAUUAUCAAACCAACUGUAGUCCACUAUCAUCAUCGAAAACUGCAGUUUUUGUCCAAGAUAAGGACUUGUGUAAUUUUACUGAAUUUUUUCAGUUUUGAUGAUUAAUUUUGACUCCAGCUGUCAUAGUUCAGUACUGUAUGAUCCCGCACAUCCUGGCAACUACCAAUUAUAUGUUCAUGCUUGAUGCUGUCUAUUAGAAAGAUGUUUUUUCUCUUUUGUGAACAUUUAUCAUCCAAAUAGUGCUUUUUAUCCACUUGUUAGUGAUACCCAUUUUGGGUUGGCAUGCAGCAACAAACAAUAAUAUUGUUGAAUCACAUGUGAACCAAAACUGCACAUGAAAUUUUUCCUUUUAGGAGAAUUACUUUGAAGAAGUGAAGGAUAUCUAAAUUUCUUACAGCACAAUGGUUAUUAUGAUGAAAAGUAAUUUUUUUUCUUCAAGACUAUUUUGGUCUUGAAAGGAAAACAAUUUUGUCUUCAUGAUGUUAUGUCUCAAAAAUGCUCAAUUGUUCCUUUUGACAGUGACUGUGCAAAUUCUCAUCAUUUUUCCCUCCUUGUCUAUUUUGGGUCUUUAUGGAGAAAUAGCUCAAGCUUAAUGUUGUUUGCAUUUUUGGUUCCUAUGGUGUAAACAAAAGCCUGAUAUUGAUGUGACCAACAGACAUCUGCUCUGAUGUAGCUAAUAUUAUAUUGACAGAAACAGUUAUGCCUUUAUUUUGAAUUUCUUUUGAGGGAGCUUUUGUGCAAAUUACUUCAAUGAAAGGAGAAAUUAAAAAUGUCUGUAGUCACAAGGUACCCAUCUGUGAGAGGUUGCAGUGCCUCUUUUGUCAUGUAGAGCAAUUAAAACAAAAUUUUUUCAAAUUAAUGACUAAUUAACUUUACUGUAGGUUGUUUUCAAAAACUCCCACAAAAAUUCACUCUUGGUCAUAUUGGUCUUUGGGAAUAAAUUUUUGUUGUCUCUCAAUUCAUGGCAUAUGAUUCUAGAGCUUUCACAACAUGUGGGAGUUGUUUAUUGGAGACAAGUUGUUUACAGGGUGGUAUUUUAGAAGAAAAUCUGAAUUUCAAAUAAAUGUACAUGAAGGACUUUGAACUAAUAUAUUAUUUGAGGUCAUGAAUCAUAUUAUACUCACUUUGUAUAAUUCAUUGAUUGUUCAAAGUCUAAGAAUCACAGACUUCAUCUCUGCCUCUAUCUCUCAUAAAGUUAACAUGUUUUCAUUAAAACUUGAACUGAAAAACAUUAUAUGCAUAAUUGCACAAUGCACAAUGUAUGUGGUGUUUUUUGAAAAGCCAUAAUAAAAGUUUCUGAAAUGUUUAUUUGAUAUUUUGAAAUUACACCAAACCAACCACCAAUGUUAUAUUAACAACACAUACAAAAUUGUUUUCUAUGAGAUAAAUCACUAUUAGCAGAUACAGUGUGUAAUAUAAUGUAGUGUAUUUUACUAACUCUUGUCUGGUGAAUUGUGGUUUAUCUGCCAGAUGGCAAGAUACAGUUUUUAUGGAUAGCCACUCUGAGUUACAUGUACUACUGGUACAUGUUGGCACAUAAAGCAUUGAAAAAUAAAUUAUUCUUUAAAUCUUUAAAUCAUCAAUCUUUAGUUACCUCAGGACUUUUGCUUUUAGUUCAUUACUUAAGGUUUGUCCCUUUACUCUUCAGGGGUUUCCUUUAGUGGUUACAGCUGCCUAUUAAACCUUCAGUGGCCGCUUAUAGCUAAUGUUAUUGAAACCCCUGCUCUUUACCUAUCCACUGUACAUGUACACUGGUGUAUACUUCUUUAACCAGUGAUCAACACUAAAAAAAGUAUUCUUCAUGCAAUGGAGGAAAAAAAUAUAUAUGUACAUGUAAAAAUAUCCAAUGGCAAAUAUUAUUGGCAAUUUUAUUUGAUAAGCGAGUACAUGUAUUUGUGAAAAGUUAUCUGGGAUUGCACAGGUUUGCUGUGAUUUCUCUCACAUGCAAAACUUGUGCAAUUCUUUCCACCAAUUAUUGGUAGAUUUAAACAUUCAUGCUAUUUGUUUACUAAAUAGAAGUUUCCAUGUUUCCACAUUGUAUUCAUUGUUAAAGACUUAUGUUGGCAUUUUCCUUUGUGCUGUUUGGUUGUUGUGGUUAUGUACUUGAAGAUUAAGUUUGGUUUUUGUAACACUCAUCACUGGAGAAGCACUGUAACUUCAGUUGUUUCCAAGAAAGUUAUGUGACUCUCUGCUCUAAACAUCUGUGUUUUUAAUAAAACUCAGGUUAUUUUUGAAAAACACAUCUAUAGCAAGUGUAUGUUAUGUUAUGUUACUCCAAACAUGUGUACAACAUUUUCUGUUUGUCAUUUAUUUAACAGAUCCACCAGAAUUCAACAGCUUUAGUAGUGAUGUAGUUGUUGUGGAAGGUGACCCAAGUGUUACAUUAGAGUGUAUUGCAGAUGGUGAACCAACACCAAACAUCACCUGGACCAAAGUCUAUACCAAUGGCAAUGACAGUGAUGUACUGGAAACUGGGAAUCAGUUUGUCCUUGAAACCAACAGAAUUAACAGUGGAAUGUAUCGCUGUACAGCAUACAAUGGAAUAGGAACAGCACCAAAUCGCACAGUGAAAGUAGAUGUUAAUUGUAAGUAGAUAAUUGUAUAUUGUACCUAUAGUUGAUUUUUUUUAAUUUUUCACAGAAUGUAGGAAUGAUUGUCAUGGUAGGUUAAGAUAAUGUAAAAUGAAACUCCAAAAAUGUGGGCACUUUUAUUAAAGUUGUGAGGAUGCAAGCAGGGUAUGAAAAAGCCAUGCAACCUGGCAGAGGGUGUUGUGAGAUUCAGGGUGAAUGAUAAUAUUAAAAAAGAGCUGCAAGUCAGAAUAAGAAAAAAAAAAGGAAAGGAAAGGAAAGGUGGAGCAAUCAGUCACCUAUGGCAUUGGACUGGAAAGAAAAAUGUUUGGCUCUUGCAACAUGAUGUACAACGUCACAUGGUCUGAUACUGAUGCAUGAUCAAAUAUUGUUGUUUUCUUCUCUAUAGACAAACCAGAGAAUGUAAAGUUAAUGGUGAAUGACUCAGUUGUAUGUAAAGGUGAUGUUAUCAGUAUCACCUGCUCAGCAGAUGGUAAACCUGCAGUGCAUACUUAUCAACUAUUUGAGAAUGAAAUACCAGUUAAUGAUGGAAACAGCUCAGUUGGGGUAUGGAUGAGAAAAGAUUUAAUAGAAGGAGACUUUAGCUACAGAUGUGUGGCUAAUAACACUGUUGGUACAACUAAGAAGACUUUAAAUGUCACAGUUAAAGGUACAAUAUGAGAAGUAGUUGUUAUCUGUCACAGCCAUUAGCUUACAUAUGGUAAAUGAAUACUGGUGUAGGGUGUAAUGCUUUAAUACCAUUUUCCCCAUGAUGUAUUGUGUAUUUAGCUUCAAGUGGCAACAGCAAAUGAGUAUUUUUGUUGGUGAGGUUGCUUUUGAUAUUGUGUAUUAGUUCCAUAGUUUCUUUUAGUUUACAUUAUAAUGAAAAUAAUAGUUUAACUACAGUACAUGUAGGUGUCACUUACAUGUGAGUCAAAAAAAUUCAACACCUGUCCACUUCAAGUGGAAAGCAAUCACUGCAAUUUACAGUUUUGUCUUAUGAAGGCUUUUGUAUUCUUACUCUGUUGAAACAAUCCUGUUUCUUCAACUGUUAAUUGAUGGCUGUCUGGACUCAAUCCUAUCCAGGGUUCCAAUUGGAGGGCUCAGAGCAAGAACGAUCCCUUGAUUUUUCGGCCAUUUUUGAAAGUGUUCAGAAGUAGUUGAAAUCACAUUUUUCUUAGCCAGUGUAUUUAGCUGGAAGCCAGCACUUACUGAAAACCCUAAUGAAGGAAAGAGAAACUGAAACACAUCUGAGUCUUAGAAUAAGUUACAUGUAAUCUCAAAAGUCAUAGGCUCAAAUUUUGAUAUUACAUUUAUUUUUAAUUAUUUUAUUUGUUUGUUACUGGGACUAAUGAUCCAAUAGAGAAUGAUUUUCUUCUAGUGAGAUGAACUCAAACUGUAAAAUUUCCUUAUUUCUUUAGAAUGCUUUUGCAUUUUGAAAAUGCAUUUUAAAAUAAAUGAAGAUCUGAUGAGUGCAUAGGUUCAUAAACAUGUAUGUGUAUACUUCUAAUCAUUUUUAUCUUUUGUUCUGUGCAGUGCCCUCCAAAGUUUAUCCAUUGGAGAACAUCACAGUUAUAGAGGGUGAAAACAAAACUUUAACCUGUAAUGUUUCUGGAAGUCCUUUGCUGAAUGUAACAUGGACAGAGGUUAGCAGCGGGAGUCAGUCCAGUGGAGUCAUGCGUUAUCUUACAAAUAUCAGCAGGAAUAAUGAUGGUGAAUACAAAUGUGAAGCUACAAAUGACUGUGGAAAUAGCUCUGCCAGCACUUUCCUCACUGUGCUCUGUAAGUGAUUGCUAUUUACAUAAUAAUCAUCAGGAAGUAAUAUGCAUUAAGGUCUAGAGUGUUCAUCUUGUAGCCCACUUUCCACUUGUUGCUAAGUGUGAAGUGCUAGAUUCUUGAGCUGUCAGGUAUUCCUUUCUCUUUUGAAAUUAAGAAAGAGUAAAAAGCACUUAGGAGGCUGCCUUGUUUUUGAAUAGAUAAUAAAACUAGAUAUAGAAUUUCUAUUGAAGUGUCCAACUUGAUAUGAUUUUUAUCGAGGUCCACAUGAGAAGACAAAUUUAUAUCCAUAAGCAACCAUGCUCUUUUUUGUUUCUUAUUUUAACAAUCUCAGUUUGGUUAUUAAUCAAAAAAAUUUGACAAAAAACCUUGGAUUGAGAAUUCUGAAUGCUUUUUCAGUCAUUUAUCAACCUGACAGAAUGGUGCAAAAGGCAAGUGAUGUUUUGGCAGCUUAUUGGCGAUAUCAAACAUGUAAAAAGUUAUUGUAAAUUUACAAUCAUAUACAGUUACAGCUUUCCCUAGGGCUAGAAAUCGCUGUAAAAAUCUGCAGUUUAUGCAACAAAACAUUUUGCCCGACAAUUCUGGAGAACUCUUAGUGACACUUAUAAUGCAGUGAACUGUGGCAUUCCAUUCCUUACAGAUAAACCUGAAAUGUUCAAGUUCAUAGUAAGUAAAAUUAAUCAGCUGUGUGCCAAAGAGAUAUUGUUUAUUAAUGGUCUCUGUCUUCUAUUCUAGACAAACCAGAGAACGUCCAGUUAAUGAGUUCUGCCAUGAACAACAAAGCAUGUACGGGAAAAGUCAUCAGCUUUCAUUGCUCAGCUAAUGCUAAUCCAGAAGUGACAUCAUACCAGCUGUUUGAGAACGAAACUGCCAUUUUAAACACAAGUUCCUCGGGGAUGUGGAACAAGACUUUGGAGAGUGAAGGGACUUUUGUUUACAAAUGUGAGGCCAAUAACUCUCUUGGAUCAGAAUACAGCAUGAGUGUUACUGUCACUGUGAACGGUAAGUAAAAUAGUCCAAGUUAUGUUUGUUUGAGAACAAUUUGAAAAACUGCACUCAUAAAGGCAGCAUUUGCAUGAGUGUACAAACACUCGAUAAUAAAAAUGUUGACACUUAUAAGACAGGAUCCAUGAUUGAUGAGACUCAACAGCCUUAUAGGAAAUGUUUGCUCAGUGGCAUGCCAUUAUUUAUGGCAAGUCUCUGUUGAUGAUGAUUCUUUUCUUUCAUGAAAAUGUUAAGGCUUCUAUCAUUUGCUUCAUGUAACAAUAUGUAAAUAAGGUUAUUAUGCAAAUUUUUAGCCAUAAAGAUGCUGGGUCUCAUCACUUAUUGCUAACCUAUUUUUGGGGUGUCAAUGUUUUGCAAGCGAGUGUAUAUGUGCAUAUUCGACUGUUCCUAUUUGUAAAAGGCAAUGAAGUUGAAGAGGACUAAAAGCACAUUUAUAUUAGGGAAGCUAUGAUCUAUGUGCUUAAGGCCACAAGCCAAUGGCAGGCUGCUAUUUACACCUGUCCUCAUUUUCACAUUUUGCAGUUCCUUCUUCAAUUGUCCAAAUAACACAAGAUCAGAAUGUAACUGAAGGUCAGAAUCUGACUCUUAUGUGUAAUGUAUCUGGAAUUCCUCCACCAAUGGUUUCUUGGAUGACACCUGAUAGUCGACGUGUUAGUGGAUACAAGUUGAACGUUACAAACAUUAACAGGACUCAAGCUGGUGAAUACAAAUGUGAAGCCAGUAAUGAAUGUGGCAAUGCAACAGAGACAGCAAACAUUAUUGUGCUGUGUAAGUUUGACAGUUCCUUUUCAUUAAAAGGUUACAUUUAUCUGUAUGUUAAGUAAAUUCAUACACUGACGGUGGCUAUUAUUAGAUGUAUAAUGUACAUGUGCACUAUUUGUAUGAAUUGUGAUUAAGGUAUUGGUAAUUUUACAAAGAUUAAGGGAUGUAAUUUGUAUUACAGUCAGACCUCUCUCAUGCAAACACUGAAGGGUCAUUGGAAAGUAAUCUCUUCAUCUUACAAGUUUUAUCAUAUCCUAUUCAGUCUUGUUCUGCUACUUAAUACUCCUUGGCUACUUUGUAAUAUGUAACUUACAAAGGCCAAUGAAAUUGUAUUUAUAAAUUGUGUCUUUUGUCUUUAGACAAACCUGAGAAUGUCCAGUUAAUGAGUUCUGCCAUGAACAACAAAGCAUGUAGGGGAAAAGUCAUCAGCUUUCAUUGCUCAGCUAAUGCUAAUCCAGAAGUGACAUCAUACCAGCUGUUUGAGAACGAAACUGCCAUUUUAAACACAAGUUCCUCGGGGAUGUGGAACAAGACUUUGGAGAGUGAAGGGACUUUUGUCUACAAAUGUGUGGCUAACAACUCUCUGGGAUCAGAAUACAGCAUGAGUGUUACUAUCACCACGAAUGGUGAGGAAAUUUAGUCCAAAUUAUGCUUGUUUGAGAACAAUUUGAAAAACUGCACUCAUAAAGGCAGCAUUUGCAACAACAACUCAACAGCCUUAUAGGAAAUGUUUGCUCAGUGGCAUGCCAUUAUUUAUGGCAAGUCUCUGUUGAUGAUGAUUCUUUUCUUUCAUGAAAAUGUUAAGGCUUCUAUCAUUUGCUUCAUGUAACAAUAUGUAAAUGAAGUUAUUAUGCAAAUUUUUAGCCAGAAAGAUGCUGGGUCUCAUCACUUAUUGCUAACCUAUUUUUUGGGUGUCAAUGUUUUUGCAAGCGAGUAUAUAUGUGCGUAGACUACUGUUCCUAUUUGUAAAAGGCAGUGGAGUUGAACAGGACUAAAAGCACAUUUAUAUUAGGGAAGCUAUGAUCUAUGUGCUUAAGGCUGCGAGCCAGUGGCCAGCUGCUAUUUACACCUGUCCUCAUUUUCACAUUUUGCAGUUCCUUCUUCAAUUGUCCAAAUAACACAAGAUCAGAAUGUAACUGAAGGUCAGAAUCUGACUCUUAUGUGUAAUGUAUCUGGAAUUCCUCCACCAAUGGUUUCUUGGAUGACACCUGAUAGUCGACGUGUUAGUGGAUACAAGUUGAACGUUACAAACAUUAACAGGACUCAAGCUGGUGAAUACAAAUGUGAAGCCAGUAAUGAAUGUGGCAAUGCAACAGAGACAGCAAACAUUAUUGUGCUGCGUAAGUUUGACAGUUCCUUUUCAUUAAAAGGUUACAUUUAUCUGUAUGUUAAGUAAAUCCAUACACUGACGGUGGCUAUUAUUAGAUGUAUAAUGUACAUGUGCACAUUUUGUAUGAAUUGUGAUUAAGGUAUUGGUAAUUUUACAAAGAUUAAUGGAUGUAAUUUGUAUUACAGUCAGACCUCUCUCAUGCAAACACUGAAGGGUCAUUGGAAAGUAAUCUCUUCAUCUUACGAGUUUUAUCAUAUCCUAUUCAGUCUUGUUCUGCUACUUAAUACUCCUUGGCUACUUUGUAAUAUGUAACUUUCAAAGGCCAACGAAAUUGUUUUUAAAAAUUGUAUCUUCUGUCCAUAGACAAACCUGAGAAUGUCCAGUUAGUGAGUUCUGCCGUGAACAACAAAGCAUGUACGAGAGAAGCAAUCAUCUUAAACUGCUCAGCUAAUGCUAAUCCAGUAGUGACAUCAUACCAGCUGUUUGAGAACGAAACUGCCAUUUUAAACACAAGUUCCUCGGGGAUGUGGAACAAGACUUUGGAGAGUGAAGGGACUUUUGUUUACAAAUGUGAGGCCAAUAACUCUCUUGGAUCAGAAUACAGCAUGAGUGUUACUGUCACUGUGAACGGUAAGCAAAAUAGUCCAAGUUAUGUUUGUUUGAGAACAAUUUGAAAAACUGCACUCAUAAAGGCAGCAUUUGCAACAACAACUCAACAGCCUUAUAGGAAAUGUUUGCUCAGUGGCAUGCCAUUAUUUAUGGCAAGUCUCUGUUGAUGAUGAUUCUUUUCUUUCAUGAAAAUGUUAAGGCUUCUAUCAUUUGCUUCAUGUAACAAUAUGUAAAUAAGGUUAUUAUGCAAAUUUUUAGCCAUAAAGAUGCUGGGUCUCAUCACUUAUUGCUAACCUAUUUUUGGGGUGUCAAUGUUUUGCAAGCGAGUGUAUAUGUGCAUAUUCGACUGUUCCUAUUUGUAAAAGGCAAUGAAGUUGAAGAGGACUAAAAGCACAUUUAUAUUAGGGAAGCUAUGAUCUAUGUGCUUAAGGCCACAAGCCAAUGGCAGGCUGCUAUUUACACCUGUCCUCAUUUUCACAUUUUGCAGUUCCUUCUUCAAUUGUCCAAAUAACACAAGAUCAGAAUGUAACUGAAGGUCAGAAUCUGACUCUUAUGUGUAAUGUAUCUGGAAUUCCUCCACCAAUGGUUUCUUGGAUGACACCUGAUAGUCGACGUGUUAGUGGAUACAAGUUGAACGUUACAAACAUUAACAGGACUCAAGCUGGUGAAUACAAAUGUGAAGCCAGUAAUGAAUGUGGCAAUGCAACAGAGACAGCAAACAUUAUUGUGCUGCGUAAGUUUGACAGUUCCUUUUCAUUAAAAGGUUACAUUUAUCUGUAUGUUAAGUAAAUCCAUACACUGACGGUGGCUAUUAUUAGAUGUAUAAUGUACAUGUGCACAUUUUGUAUGAAUUGUGAUUAAGGUAUUGGUAAUUUUACAAAGAUUAAUGGAUGUAAUUUGUAUUACAGUCAGACCUCUCUCAUGCAAACACUGAAGGGUCAUUGGAAAGUAAUCUCUUCAUCUUACGAGUUUUAUCAUAUCCUAUUCAGUCUUGUUCUGCUACUUAAUACUCCUUGGCUACUUUGUAAUAUGUAACUUAAAAAGGCCGAUGAAAUUGUAUUUAUAAAUUGUGUCUUUUGUCUUUAGACAAGCCUGAGAAUGUCCAGUUAAUGAGUUCUGCCAUGAACAACAAAGCAUGUAGGGGAAAAGUCAUCAGCUUUCAUUGCUCAGCUAAUGCUAAUCCAGAAGUGACGUCAUACCAGCUGUUUGAGAACGAAACUGCCAUUUUAAACACAAGUGCCUUGGGGAUGUGGAACAAGACUUUGGAGAGUGAAGGGACUUUUGUUUACAAAUGUGUGGCCAAUAACUCUCUUGGAUCAGAAUACAGCAUGAGUGUUACUGUCACUGUGAACGGUAAGCAAAAUAGUCCAAGUUAUGUUUGUUUGAGAACAAUUUGAAAAACUGCACUCAUAAAGGCAGCAUUUGCAACAACAACUCAACAGCCUUAUAGGAAAUGUUUGCUCAGUGGCAUGCCAUUAUUUAUGGCAAGUCUCUGUUGAUGAUGAUUCUUUUCUUUCAUGAAAAUGUUAAGGCUUCUAUCAUUUGCUUCAUGUAACAAUAUGUAAAUGAAGUUAUUAUGCAAAUUUUUAGCCAGAAAGAUGCUGGGUCUCAUCACUUAUUGCUAACCUAUUUUUUGGGUGUCAAUGUUUUUGCAAGCGAGUAUAUAUGUGCGUAGACUACUGUUCCUAUUUGUAAAAGGCAGUGGAGUUGAACAGGACUAAAAGCACAUUUAUAUUAGGGAAGCUAUGAUCUAUGUGCUUAAAGCUGCGAGCCAGUGGCCAGCUGCUAUUUACACCUGUCCUCAUUUUCACAUUUUGCAGUUCCUUCUUCAAUUGUCCAAAUAACACAAGAUCAGAAUGUAACUGAAGGUCACAAUGUGACUCUUAUGUGUAAUGUAUCUGGAAUUCCUCCACCAAUGGUGUCUUGGAUGACACCUGAUAGUCGACGUGUUAGUGGAUACAAGUUGAACGUUACAAACAUUAACAGGACUCAAGCUGGUGAAUACAAAUGUGAAGCCAGUAAUGAAUGUGGCAAUGCAACAGAGACAGCAAACAUUAUUGUGCUGCGUAAGUUUGACAGUUCCUUUUCAUUAAAAGUUUACGUUUAUCUGUAUGUUCAGUAAAUCCAUACACUGACGAUGGCUAUUAUUACAUGUAGAAUGUACAUGUGACAUUUUGUAUGAAUUGGGAUUAAGGUUUCGGUAAUUUUACAAAGAUUAAGGCAUGUAAUUUGUAAUACAGUCAGACCUCUCUUAUGCAAUCACGGAAGGGUCAUCGUAAAGUAAUCUCUUCAUCUUAAGAGUUUUAUCAUAUCACGUUCAGUCUUGUUUUUCUACUUUAUCAAAUUAUUCCUUAAUUUUGGUUCUAUUAUUACACUGAUUUAUGUACAUUAAAUGUACAUGUACAUUAAAUUACCGACUCAAUGUUUUACAUCAUACAAAGCUGUAAAGUAUGUUGUUCUAUUCAUUCCUUUGUCAACGCCCCAUACACAUUUUCAUAUAAAUAAUAUAAAAAAAAGACUACUGUGAGCUUUUACCAACCACAAUAUUUGACACAAUUUAUGACUAUGACUUAUGAUUUUGUAACUCUUGUAGACAAACCAGACAAUGUGCAAUUGACAACAUCUGUCAUGGAUAACAAAGCAUGUAAGGGUGACAUGAUUGGCUUCAACUGCUCAGCUGAUCCAAGUCCAUCAGUGACGUCAUACCAGCUUUUUGAGAAUGACACUGCUAUCUUAGACGCAAAUCCUUCCGGAAUGUGGAAGAGGAACAUGUCAAAAGAAGGAGUGUUCAUGUACAAAUGUAUGGCCAACAACUCUUUAGGAUCAGAAGUCAGUUCAUUUGUUAUGGUCACAGUGAAUGGUAAGCUCUUAACUUUGCAGUUUACUUAAGUUGUGAAUCAUUUUUCUCUGCACACAUUCAUCAAUUUAUAUCAUGCUGUUAGCUGCGCUGCAUUUAGAACAAACUCGUUCGAUUGUAUACUCAGGACUCUUAAAGGGUCGAGUGAGGAAUGGUAAUUUUAAAGUUGUGAUAAGGAGCGGAAAGCGUUUGAACAUUAUCUUUUUUCUUGUCAAUCGAAUUUGAUAGAAAAAAGGUACCUUUGCAAUAAACUGACGCUGUGAAGCUGUUCUCUUGCAUACACUUGCUAAUGUACAUCAUCGAGUUAGCUGUUCUACAUAUUGGAACAAAUUAGUUUUAUGUGAAUGUACACUGAAAACAUAUACUGUGUAGAAUGAGGAGUAGGGUGUUAGAGAUGUGGAUAAGUGCGUUUGGAUAUUGCCUUUGUUCGUGUCAACUGAUGUCAAAUCCUUUCCUUUUUAAGUAAUGCGUAUUUCUGUACAUUUAGUUCCACCAUGGUCACCCGAGUCACCUAAUCAAAGAAAUGGAGCAAUCUGCAAAAGCUAUGACACCAAUUAAGUUGUUUUCAUUCACAAUAAUUUCUUUUGACCUAAGAACGCGAAAAUGACGGGUGCCUUGGAUACAAUCAUUCAAUUAAGCUAUUUAAAAAAACUACGACACCAAUUAAAUUGUUUUUAUUCCCAAUAAGUGUUUUCGACCAAAGAAGGCAGAAAUGACGAAUGCCUUGGAUACAAUCAUUCAACACAUUGUUACAAGGGACCCCAACAACGGCGAUUAUUCAUGUAUUUGAGGUUAAAUGUGUUUGGUAAAUGUAAUGCUUUGGUAAAUUUAAAGUUUGAUGAAUGAAAUGGUAACACAUAUAUUUAUUUACGGACUAGAGAUUUUGGUACAGUAUUAAUUUAAUUUUGUGUUUGUCCACAGUGCCUUCAAAUAUCGAAGCAGUUCAAGAUCAGAAUGUCACCGAAGGUGACAAUUUAACCUUAAUAUGUGCUGCAUCUGGAAUGCCUCAACCAAAAGUGUCUUGGAUUAAGCCUGGUGGUCAGCGUCACAAUGGACACAUGUUGGAGGUUACACACAUUAAUAGGACUCAAGGUGGUAAAUACAUAUGUGAAGCCAGUAAUGAGUGUGGCAAUGCGACAGAGAUGGCAACCAUUGAUGUGCAGUGUGAGUAAUUACCUAUAGAUUGAAUUUAUAAAUGGUGAAUACUUAUGAGUAUUAAAGUUUUGAAACAAAAUUAGUCACUUAGAGGUUUUCUUAUGAACCCAUCUGUCCAUUACUUGUCCUGGAUGUGUGUAGAAAGAUGUUAAGAAAGGUUAAUGAUGUACUUACAGUGUUUUGAGAGAUCAACAUGUAUUAAAUUGGGAUUAUUGGAUGUUUAAACUAAUGAUUGUAAUAUUUUUGUAACUCUUGUAGACAAACCAGAGAAUGUGCAACUAACAACUUCUGUGAUCGACGACAAAGCAUGUCAGGGUAAUACUAUUACCUUUAACUGCUCAGCUGAUGCUAAGCCAGAUGUGACGUCAUAUCAGCUGUUUAAGAAUGACACUGCCAUGAACGUCAGCCUUUCAGGGAUGUGGAGCGAAACAUUGACAAAUGGAGGAAUGUUUGUCUACAAAUGUGUGGCUAACAACACUUUAGGAACAGCAUCUAGUACGGAUGUUAUUGUUACUGUGAAUGGUAAGCCUUGAUCUUUGUAUUAAGGUAUGUUAAUACUCUAGGUUUAAAAUAUUGAUGUGAAUACUCACUGGACUACUUUUAUAGUUGUGGAAAAUAAGAAAUCAUUCACCUUUUGUCUCAUUUUAAGAUAUUGAUGUAAAUAUGUUGGAUGAAUGCAACUUCUGGUAAAUGUAAAGUUUAAUGAAUGAAAUGGUUGCAAAAAUAUUUAUUUACUUUCUAAAGGUUUUUGGU